CCAUCUAGACUCAUAGGCCAGAGUCCAGACUACAGUGGGGCAAGACCCUGGUCCACAUCCCAGACUGGAGCUAGGACUACAGCGGCACUAGACCCUGGCCCAGAUCCCAGAUCUGAGUUUGGACUACAGCGGCACUCGACCCUGGCCCAGAUCCCAGAUCUGAGCUUGGAUUUGCCCUUGAGGUGCCAUGGUGAGGUGGAGGUUCUUCCUGGAGGUUUUUCUGUGCCUCUGGUGCUCUGUGAACGCACAAAAUUGGCGAGACAGAUUUGAGCCUUUUGAGCGCCACCUACAACAUUCCAGACGUCCGGAUGAGAUCGGCACUGGUCCCCGGUUCAGAGUCCUUGCUCCAGACGUGCUCAGAGCAGACAGUGAGGAAAAUGUGGUUCUUCAGGCCGAUGGGGUCUCUGGUGCGGUCCCGGUCUCCAUCCAGGUCUGGGACUUUGGACGGAGCAGCGUCCUUACACAGACCUACGCCACCCUGAGCCAGGACAAUAAAUACCACAUGGUUCACAGUAUACGGAGCCUGAGCAAUGCUUCACUUCAAGCAUUUGCCUACAUGUCCAGAGAGCCUGGCAGACUUCUGUCCACCCUGACCAUCGCCAGACGUCAGGUGUGGCUAGACCAGUCCCCCCCGUCGGAGCUUUGUAGGGAUACACUUCACACACUGCCCAUCCGUGACCGCGCCUCCAGAGUCCAGAGCAGAAUAAGAGAGAGACUAGAAUCCUACCCCCAGACCAAAGUCCACUUUGGAGUUCAAACAAGACCAGAGAUCAAGACCAGACUACAGCAGGACUACGGUGGGACUACGAGUUACAUCAGAGUCCAAACUGGGGUCCAAACAAGACCUAAUCUGGACCGGAUAUGGGUGGGACUUCAGAAGAUCUACGGGUUAGACCAUAGUCUAGACCCAUCUAGACUCAUAGGCCAGAGUCCAGACUACAGUGGGGCAAGACCCUGGUCCACAUCCCAGACUGGAGCUAGGACUACAGCGGCACUAGACCCUGGCCCAGAUCCCAGAUCUGAGUUUGGACUACAGCGGCACUCGACCCUGGCCCAGAUCCCAGAUCUGAGCUUGGAUUUGCCCUUGAGGUGCCAUGGUGAGGUGGAGGUUCUUCCUGGAGGUUUUUCUGUGCCUCUGGUGCUCUGUGAACGCACAAAAUUGGCGAGACAGAAUCCUGAUGGUAUUGCGGUUUAUCAAACGUCCAGAAUGAGAGCCACCAACGGCAUUUUUAAAGACACAUUCAGCCUCACAGAACUCGUCAAAGAAGGCAUGUGGACGGUGACAGCAAAGUUUGACCACUGGGAGCAGAAUACGUUCAACUCUACGUUUGAGGUCAAGAAAUACGUGCUUCCUGCGUUCAACGUGACCCUCACUCCACAGAAACCUUUCUUCAGCGUCGACGACAAUGAACUGGUCAUAACCAUCACAGCCAGGUACCUGUACGGUCAGCCUGUGCAGGGAAAGGCUUACGUCAUGUUUGGAGUGAAACAUGAGAAAGAGAAGAUCCGUCUGAGAGCCAUGAAGCAGGUCACCAAUCUGGAUGGAGGGACAGUGUCUCUGACCCUGAAUGACCUGAAGGCAGAGUACCCAAACAUCAGGAGUUUAGUGGGAAAGUCCAUCUACGUCAAGGCCUCAGUGCUCACUCUCUCAGGCGGUGAUCUGGUGGAGACAGAGAAGAGCGGGAUCCGGAUCGUCAUUUCUCCGUUUGUUUUAUCGUUCCGAGACGCUCCAAAGUACUUCAAACCCGGCCUGCCCCUCGCCCUCACGGUGGAUGUGAGGCACCAUGACAACUCUCCGGUCCAAAAUGUCCAAGUGAAGCUGUCAUUCCAGGACACUCCACUAGUGGUCAGUGGAGGCUCCACUCGCACCAGUAUCAACAUGCCCAAAGACAGGAACGUGCAAGUCAUCACGGCAGAGACGGUGCAGCCAGGUCUGAGGCCGGAGCAGCAGGCCCGCACAGAGCUCCGGCUGAGGUCCUACAUGACAUACAGGGCAGCCCUGAAUCUGCUCUACAUCUCUUGGGAGGGCCACCGGGUCAGUGUGGGAGACAGUCUGCGCCUCAGCUUCACUUUGAUCGUGGAGAAGCCAGAGCACCGGCAGCACAUCAAACACAUCACGUACAUGGUGCUGAACAAAGGGAGUAUCAUCAAAUCAGAGCGACUGGAAGUCUUUUCCCAGCAUGUGGUGGCGAUACAGCUCAGUGUUACCCCAGAAAUGAUGCCCUCUUUUCGAGUCGUUGCGUUCUACUCACUCCCCUGGUCCAUAGAGGAGGAGGUGGUGGCUGACUCCAUCUAUGUGGAGGUGCAGGAGUCCUGUGUGAGGACGCUGAGUGUGGGACCACAGGGGACACCCACUGACCUCAUGCCUGGGAAGACGCUCCGCCUGCGAGUACAAGCAGAGCCCGGCUCCACCGUCAGCCUGGUCGCUGUGGACAACUCUGUGUUUCUGCUGCGGGGAGACAGGCUCACCCAGAGCAAGGUGUGGGGCGUGCUGCAGAGGGGGGACCUGGGUUGUUCACGUGGGGGAGGGGCCAGUGCCAGAGGAGUCUUCUCAGAUGCUGGACUGCUCUUCUUCUCAAACGGCCGUUUCAGGACUGACUUCAGACAAACGCUGCAGUGCCCACGCAGCUCCAGGUGGAGACGCUCUGCUGAUCUCGUAGAGCGCAAAGCUGCACUUGAACGGGAGUACAAAGAUGAGCUGUUGCGCCGCUGUUGUGUGGAUGGUCUCAGGGACAUUCCGAUGCGGUACUCAUGCACACGGAGGUCCCUGUACAUCUCAGAGGGAGUGGAGUGUAUCCGGGCUUUCAGACACUGCUGUGGCAAGUACCGGGGCGAGCCCAUCGACCCCCACAUGCCCACUGCCAUGCCCAGCUUCAUCACAACCACCACCACCCCCACCCCCACCACCAGCGCGCCCAGGCAAUGGGGCAGGUUGGAAAUAAUGCCCUACCGCCUCCCGUUUGACCGAGUAGGAGUCACAUUUUACUCCCCUGGUAUGAAUGGGGGGAUGAAACAAUUCGGAAGGCCAAGGGAACCGCCGAUGACGGGGCAGCCUGGUCCACGUGGGGAGGCACGAACAGACACACCUACGCAACAAGAAGAUCUGUAUGAGGAGGACUGGGAGGACGAGGACUUGGACGAGACCAUGGUGGAUCUCAGGUCUAAGUUCCAGGAGUCGUGGCUCUGGGAGGACCUGCCUGUGCCCUCCAAAUCGGACCACAGCACAGGGCUGUCCUCUGUGACUGUAGAGCGCCCCCUGCCUGACAGUAUCACAGAGUGGGGCAUCAUGGCCAUCAGCACCUCGGCUCAAACAGGCUUCUGUGUGGCAGAGCCUUAUAACGUCCGAGCCUGGAAGCCCCUCUUUGUGGAUCUGAAGCUGCCGUACUCUGUCGCCCGAAAUGAACAAGUGCAGAUCCGAGCCGUGGUCUACAACUACUCCCCUGACAACAGAGAGGUGCGUGUGACUCUGAAGAGGACAGAGCAGAUGUGCAGUGUUGCGUUCAGGGACAGCUUCGUUCAGGAGGUGUUGGUGGAGUCUGGUUCCUCUGUGGUUCUGCCCUUCACUGUGGUGCCUCUGGCUGUGGGACACCUGCCCCUCGAGGUGAUAGUGGUCACCAAAGACAUGAUGAUGACCGACGGUGUCCAGAAGAACCUACGUGUGGUGAUGGAGGGAGUGCAGAAGACCAAAGUGUGGAGUGUGGUGCUGAACCCUGCAGCUGAAGGAGGCACUCAGACCGUGCGGAUGGGGAAGAUCGAUCUGGACUCUGUGGUGCCAAACUCGGUCCCAGAAACCUUCAUCAACGUCCGAGGCAACGUGCUCGCAGACAGUCUGGAUAACUCCCUGAACCCGGACUCUCUGGCAGCUCUGAUCCGGAUGCCUGGGGGCUGUGUGGAGCAGAACCUGGCCUCCAUGUCUCUGCCCACCAUCGCCUUCCUGUACCUGGAGAGGACGGACGACUGGGGGAGAGUGGGCGCACACCGCAAAGACGAGGCGCUCGGCUUCAUACGAAAAGGCUACAGCAAUCAGCUGGCCUACAGGAGGAGUGACGGCUCAUACCCCCCCUACAGGAAGCAAGGGGCAAGCACAUGGAUCACUGCGUUUGUGGUGAAGGUCUUCUCCAUGGCUCACUCCAUCAUAGGAGUGGAGGAGCAGCAGGUGUGUGAGCCUCUACUGUAUCUGCUCCAACACCGACACAAGCCAGAGCGUAGUGUGUUCAUAGAGGAGAACCCGGUCUACAGCACCACCAUGACGGGCGGUCUCCGUGGUGAUGACCCCCAGGUGACCCUCACGGCGUUCGUCUUGAUCGCUUUGGCUGAAGCGAAGGAAGCCAAGAUCCACUGCAGUGAGGCCAGAGUCAACACAGAGGCGGUGAUCCGUAACACAGCAGCCUACCUGAAGAAGGCGCUGCAGGUCACACGGCGCCCGUACACUGUGGCCAUCGCAUCGUACGCUCUGGCUCUGCUCAAGGACCAGGUGGACUUCAACCCAACACCAGCGCUGCUCAGAGCCUCCUCUGCUGGUGGCAGUCAGUGGGUGGACAGUGAGAAUCACCUCUUCACUCUGGAGGCCACAGGCUACGCUCUGCUCACUCUGCUCAAGAUGAACGCCAUGACAGAGGCCGCUCCACCGUUUAAAUGGUUAAACAGCCAACGCAGGCAGGGAGGGGGCUACGGGUCCACUCAGCCCACAGUGGUGGUUCUCCAGGCCUUGUCCGAGUACCUGAUCAAACAGCCACCUUCACAAAACCUAGAUCUGAACGUGGACGUCCGAAUGGGAGCUCGCACAAUUCCAUAUUAUUUCAACCCAGACACCUCCUACGCAGCCCGCACAGCCCGGCUUCUUAACAAUGUGGAUCUGGAGGUGCAGGCUCGAGGGAAUGGACAGGGAAUCCUUGAGGUGGUGACCUACUACAACCAGCUUCACGAGGUGGAGGAGAAGACGCCUUGUGUUCACUUUGAGCUUGAGGUCACAGUGGAGGAAUCAGCUGAAAAGUCUUCUCCUGAUGUGGUCAAGUCCUACCUCAUGACCAUCAAAGUCCUGGCACUAGGACCCAGAGACGUGCGGAUGGUGGUGCUGGACGUGAGUCUGCCCACAGGCUUCACUCCAGACAACACAGACCUCGACAUGCUUUCUAACUCAGUGGACAAAUACAUCGCAAACUUUAAAGUGGUGGACAACCUGAGUGACAGAGGCUCCCUGAUCCUGCACUUGUUUAAGGUUUCGCACAAAGAACCGGAGAUCGUGAUUUUCAAACUCCAGCAGAACUUUAAAGUGGGACACAUUCAACCCUCCUCCGUCACCGUGUACGAGUACUACAACCCAGACCACCGGUGCAGUCGUUCGUUCACUCCCAGAGAAAACACAGAGGAGCUGACUCAGAUCUGCUCUGGGAACGUCUGCAGAUGCACUCAAGGAGACUGCUGUGUCCCAAAGGAAGACUCUGAGAACUUGUCAGACAAAGCCCGCGAGACGUUUGCCUGCACCACUCUGCACCACGUGUUCAAAGUGAAAGUGCUGAGUGCGACCGAGAGUUACUAUGACAAAUACGAGCUGCAGAUCACACAAGUCAUCAAACUGGGAGCUGAGGCGGGGAUUCUGGCCGGACAGAGCCGGACCUUCCUGUCUCAUGGAGCCUGCAGAGACAGACUCAAGCUGGUCCCAAACCAGGAGUACCUCAUCAUGGGCCCCAAAGACGACCAGUGGAACAUCGACAGCGCCACCAACAGGUACGUGUAUCUGCUGGGUAAGAACACGUGGGUGGAGCGAUGGCCGUCUGAGGAGGAGUGCAGCGCCUCCCUCAGGCAGAAGUGUGAGAGUCUGAACGCUAUGGCCAACGAGCUGUCCACGAACGGAUGCCGACUGUAACUACGCAGUGUCCCUGAACGCACCACCACUGGAGCUGUCCAAUCACUCUGUGUUAUUAUUAUUAUUACACAAAUAAUACAAAAAAAUAUUACACUUUUUUGAGCUGUCUACCAUGUUAAAAAAGUUGUACCCUCAUCAAAAACAUGUCUGAAAAGAUUUUACAUCAUCAUCCAUACUUGUUUGUCUAAUAUUGUGAUCUCUCCUGA